AUGGAUUUCGAACAGGAGGUUCUGAAGUUCAAGUCCCUAGAUUUCCACCCCGACCAGUUUGAGUUCCUCUCAGAAUGUCUCGACAGCCACAAGAUUUGCCAGAGAGCUGUCGGUCUCGAGCAGAGCCUGCCCAAGCGCCUGCUCUACUUGGGCAAACCCUCGGGGACGGCCUUCCCUUCGCGGCUUGUGGAGACCAAAGACAUUGAGGAGAGGCCGGUGCGCUACGUGGCCUUGAGCCAUAGCUGGUCCUCGUUGUCGGAGGCCGAAAAGCGCUCCAUCAAAACGACGGCCGACAACAAAACGCUACGUGCCCAGGCGGUCGACAUCAGUGCCUUUCCGGGCAACUAUCAGGCGGUCAUGGUCAUGUGUCGGAGUUUCGGCUACGAGUACUUUUGGAUGGAUUCGAUAUGUAUCUUACAGGAUGACGACAAAGAAUGGCAGGAUGAAUCUGUCCGGAUGAAACACGUUUACGGCGCGGCUGUCCUGACGUUCGCCUUGAAUACGUCACAAGCCAUUUUUGACAUGGUCAGAAGCAAUAAGGGCGCACUUGACUGGGGGGAUAUAACAGACGAGUACGCCAGGUCAAUGUUUAAGAUCGAUCUCCAUGCAAAGCGAAUUUUCGAGAGCGGAAUACUUGGAAGCCGAGCAUGGUGCUUUCAAGAGCGCCACUUGUCGCCGAGACUCUUACACAUCCUGGACGAUAGAGUCGUCAUGUACGAGUGUGCGCAGGCCACGAUGGCUACCAACGCACCGGAUCUGUUCGGGUUCAGGUCCUUCAGACGCACGACUUCCGGUGAGAAAUUUUUCCAACUGGAAUCCAGUUUGCGCAAGCUUGCCGUGAACCAACGGCUAAUUGAAAUCAAAAAUGGGGCUCGGUCCGGCUUGAGGGUGCACUUGGAGUAUUGGCCUGGCUAUUUGUUGGAAUACCAGCGCAGGGCGUUAUUCGACAACAAGGACAAUUUGACAGCUCUAGCUGGUAUUGCAGAGUCGAUGCAGGCGGAAGGACACUGGACGUAUCUGUCUGGAAUCUGGAAAGAAGACUUGCCCCGGGGAAUGUUAUGGGAAAGCACGGCUUUGUCUCAAACCUCACAUAAACGGUUUCGCCCCUAUCAUGCGCCAACAUGGUCCUGGAGCUCCGUGGAUGGAUCAACCAGGACUGUUCCAGAACUAGUGAAUUCGCACGGCGGUGUUUUCGGUAUCUGCGAGAGGCACAAAAGGGACCCCGAGCCAUUUAUUUCCCUCAUUUCUGGAAUAUCUAUCAGGACCGCUGGGACCGGGCUUGACGUCCACGUCGACCCCUUGCCGCCGGGCUCGGCACUCGAGCUCGAGGGCAUCCUGAUACGGUGUAAAUGCCGCAGACUCGACGACCAACACAAGAUCACCGGUUUAUUCAAAUCCGAGAGGACCUCCAUUGUUGCAGAGGGGACUAUCGCGUUUGACGUAGAUUCAGAGGCAUGUGACGGUCCCCUCUGGUGCCUCCCGCUGGUGGAGAAACAUCUGAAACCCGGCUGGGUUAAAGAGCCUGCCUUGAGGGACUGCUUGGGAAUCGGCCUUCAAAAAGUGAGCGUGGAAACACUUCCCGGUCGAGUCCGGACGGAGAGUCUCGGGGAAGGGGAAGGAGAAGGAGAGGAAUUGGUCGACAGAUCCCAAAGGAUGGACCUGGUGCAGGCGGAGAGCCUCGAAGACCAUGAAGAACGAGCGAUCGAUACCUUUCGCAGGGUGGGUUUCGUGCGGUUGACCUUGACAGAAGGCGCGUGGACGGACCACUUGUCAAGCCUAGAGCUGCUUCGCAUAAUAUAACGGGAAUGGCUGUUUUGGAGCUUUUCUGAUUGGAGGUUCAUGGAGGCGAAGGCAGGUG